GUCAAAACAUUGAAGUGACGUUUACAAGUUUUGUCUGUUCGUCGUAAAAUUUGCAAAAAUUUUAGCCACGCAGCAUGUUAGAUGCACCGGCUGCAAAAACAGAAAUUACCAAAAUGGAUUCUGAAAAGGAUUCUUCUCCCGAACAGGAUCGCCAGCCUUUUGGUGGCCUGGAGUUUCAAGUAUCCGAAGUAGUCGGCAGAUUAGAAGCGGUAGCCAAUGCCCAAGAUACGCCGGAAGAGGAAAGAAGGCCGGAGACGAGAAAAAUAAGCGCUGGUUUCUUUGAGCCGGCAGAGAUGUCAAUGGAUGAUAUAUUGAAGGAUUUGGAGGAAUUAGUGAAAAAGACUGACCCAAAUUGUGAUGCUUUGGAGCCAACGCUCCUACCGACGGAUGCAGUCACUCGUGCUGCUAUACUAUCUCACAGCAUUAGUGUGUUGUUUUCCAAACUUGAAAGAAGCCAUUCCUCCAGAUUAGGUGCACAUAUAGCUAGUGAGACUACUCGUUGGAUGUCGCACAUGUUCAGACUGACAGAGUACAGCGCGUUCUACCACCAGGAGCAACUGGAGGGGCUGGUGCGGGUCACCAGGAUGCUGCUGCAUCACCGAUACCCCAGAUACCUCGAAGAUGGUGCGCUCGCGUUCUCGAGCCGUCUCCCGUGUAUAUACAGUUGCGUGGCGAGCCCGCUCGGUGUGGUCCAGCACCUGUGCCGGCAGCUGGGCCUGCCGCUGGCCUGCGUGCGCCCCGUGCCAGUGGCCGGUCGGGGCAUGGAUAUCGAAGCUCUAGAGCGUCUAAUCGAAGAAGAUAUACAGUCCGAGCGCAUACCGCUACUAACGCUGGGCGAGGCGGGUGCGGCGCCGCUCGGUUGCGGCGCGCACGCUGGCCGGCUCGCCGCAGCGUGCGCGCGACGCAAAGUCCACCUACACCUUAGCGGGCAUGCACUAGCGUUACCCGCAGCGGGUGGCAGGGAUCAGACAUACAGUAUAGCGGACUCACUGACUCUCACUCCGGGCCUGUGGUUUGGCGUUCCCGGUCUACCUACUGUCACAUUUUACAAAAUCCCAGAACCAAUCACAGCGAAUGGACCCGCAAGAGGAUCAAGUACGGGCGGCAGCAGCGCGAGGGAGGUGGCGCUGGCGGCGGCGGCCGGUCUCGGGUCUCGCGGGCUCAACGCGCUCCCGCUGUGGGCGAGCGCGCGUGCGGCGGGCGGCGGCGGCCUGACGCGGAGAGUGUCACGCGCGUUCCGCUCGGCGAGACACGCGUAUGACGUCAUAGCGGCCGCGCAGCUGCGGAUACUGAGUGCGAGACCCGGUGGCGAUGAACCACCAAACAUGGAUAUUGUGGACGCAAUAAGCGGCGCGUCAGCGUGCGUGGCGUUCCAAUUCGCGCCGGCGGGCGUCGCGCGACCGCCGCCGUAUUACGACAAGCUCAACUCGUGGCUGGGACAGGUGUUGCAGCGGGAAGCUGAUAUGAUAACAAUAGACGUGUGCGAGACGGAGGCCUAUGGUGUGGUGCUCCGCUACUGUCCGCUAGAGGGCGCUCCGCCCCUGCAGGACGCGGGCGCGCUGGCCGAAGUCCUAGACGCUCAACUUCAAGUGUUACGAGCUACCGUGGCUCUCCGAGACGAGUUCCAACAGCACGUGACGAACACGCCGUGUCUGAAGCUGGUUCACGUGCCGGGGUGGGCAGGUCUGGGAGGAGUCCGCUACAUCCCGCCGGGGUGGGAGGAGUCGGGGGAGGAGCUCGACGCGCUCAACCGCCAGCUCGUGGACACGCUGCGGGCGACGGACAACGCCUUCUCGUGCGGCGACGGCGACGACGGCCGCGCAUGCGUCAGAUUCGGCAUGGUAACAGAAGAUACAGAUGUUGAGCAACUGCUAGAACUAGUAGUUUCCGCUGGCAAAGAGGUGGAGGAGAGUUCUCGAGUGCUGACUGACAUGACAGAGGUGCUGAAGAAAGGUAUAGAAGAAGCAGAGGCGUCGCUACGGUCCCGCGACGAGGGGCUCCUGUGGCGGGUGCCGGUGGUGGGGCGCGUGGUGUCGUGGUGGGCGCCCCCCGCGCCGCCUGCCGGCCGUCGCCUCCUGCUCACACACGGCACCCUGCAGCCCACUACUGAUGUGUAUAGAUGCGUUCAGAAGAAGGACCAAGAAGAACCAGCGCGGGCGCACUCGCCGACGCGGCAAAGCGAACCGGAGACCGAAACAGCUGAUUAACCGGUAACCGCCGGCGCCAGCAACCGGAAUACAGCAAGUAACAUGCGGGUUCAAGCCACAACUAUACAACAACCUUACAACGAAACCGUUUUGAGACUCGAAUAAACGUUUAGCCGCGUCCUACUGU